UCCCUAUAUCUUUCUCCCUAUUUCACUCUCUAAAGGCAGCACUCAUUAGCUAGCUGCUUGCUCAGAAUAAUAUAAUACCAAUUCCACACUUCUCUCUUUACCUCUUCUUCCUUAAUUACUCUCACACAGCCCAAACUUUCCUCUCUAAUUCUCCAAGCGUAGCCAGAAAAAUGAAGCUAAAACGCUCUUUUAUUACUCUCCUCCCCUUCAUCUCUUUGAUCUUUCUUCCCUCUUUGGUCUCAUCUCAGGCCUGCCAAAGAAGCUGCGGUAAUCUACCUAUCAAGUACCCAUUUGGAACUGGCCCUGGCUGUGGUGAUGCACGCUUUCAGCAAUACGUAACUUGUGACCAGCAAAAACUCACCUUGACCACACACACUGGAAACUAUCCAAUUACCAACAUAGACUACAGCAACCAAGUCAUAUACAUCUCAGAUCCUUCCAUGUCAACUUGUGCUUGCUCUCAGCCAAGCAAAGGCUUUGGCCUCGAUUGGGAUGCUCCCUUUUCUUUCACAGACGAUAAUGUUUUCACUCUCCUGGACUGCUCAACCACGUCGUCACCUAUUUUUAGAUCAAAUAGCUAUAAUGUUGACAACAGCAGUGCUGUUCCCCUAUGUGACAAACAAGGUGCUCCCAUUUGUAGUUUCUUGUAUUCUUGCAGGGCAAUUAGCAUCCUCAAUCUCCCAAUAUCCACAUGUUGUGUUUACACACCAGUGGAUCUCGGCCCAUCCUUCGAAUUGAAUUUGCAGAAGUUGCAGUGCUCUUCAUAUUCUGGAUUUUAUAGCUUCAGUGGCCAGGAAUCUAACCCUGAUAACUGGAAGUACGGAAUGUCACUUAAGUAUAAGUUCAAUGUGUAUAAUGACUAUCCGAACUCGUGCGCAGAUUGUGAGAAAAGCGAUGGAGCCUGUGGUUACACUGGAACUUACAAUUCAUUUAUUUGCAACUGUCCUAAUGGCAUAAACACGACAUCUACUUGUUUCUUUGUGUCAUCGUUUAGCAACGGUUUGAGGCUACUCCCCCUUCAGACAGGAACUUUGUUCAUCUAUUCUCUGGCAUGGAUUCUGGCCAUGGUCCUGCUAUAGGCGCCAAUUAGAGAAGGACAAAAUUCCAACUUCCAAAAUGAAUUAAAAUACUGAAGUUUGACUUUGCUUUGUUGUUUCUAAGACUUCUGCCUUGCGAGAGGACAAAAAGUCCAACUUCUCACAGUUCUGAUAAGAAAAAAAGCUUUACUAAUUGUUGUAAUUUAUCUUGAGAUGGAAGAACUGUGUGAAAGACAGUAGUUUCGUUUUGCUUUUUUCCUUUGCGUCUAGACGGUGGAUAAAUGAACACUUUAUAUGCUUGGGGAUGAAGUUACUUUCA